AUGAGACCAACUGGUGUGACAAUCAGGGAACCUUCCAGCAUCCCACGAGCGGCCGUGCCCCCUCCCCCUCAGGGAAAGGGAAAAAAGAAAGCUUCUGAACCCCUUGCACCUAUCGACGAGUCUUCAGAUGAGAACGAAAUGGCAUCCGAAGACAUGUUCGAUAUGUACAAUGCACCCGAAGCUCCUGCGAGCAAGAAGAAGGCGAGUAGGCAGCAUCACGGGGAAUGCAGCAAAGCACCUCUGGCCAAGAAAACCCGCACUGUGGACCCUCCAAUAGCUGGACCUUCAACAAAUACAACACCACCUCCUUCUCCCCUCGAGCAGCAGACUUUGCCUGCACUAGUUGGGUCGACCCCUUCCCCACCGGCUCCAGCUUACCAGACUCAGCCAACUGCCCCUGCUCCAAUAGGGAAUGACUUAUCAAGCCGCACUCUAAGAUCAGCCAAGGACAGGAUGGCAAGGAUCCUGAGGCAUGAGCACUGCCGAGAAGCCAUGGCUGGGACAGAGUCGAUGGACGUCGACCAGAUUUUAAACCGCGCACUAUACGAGAUCGCCAGUCUUGAGGUGGCUCAGAAGGCAAACGUGGCAUUGCUCGAGGAGAAAAAUACGCUGGCUGAGGAGGUGAAGGGAAAGCAGACUGACUUGGACAAAGCCAUUGAAGCCAAGGAGAAGUACAAAGAGUCUCACAUCAUCAAUUACUGCGAAGCAAAAAAACUUGAGGCGGACUUGAUUGUGAGCAGGCAAGAGGUUGAAAAGUUGGAGGCUCGGAUCGACGAACUUGAAAAAGCCAACGCCAGCAAUCUGGAGAGGUACAAGAGUGCCACAUCCAAGUGUUUCUAUGAUUUCUAG